ACAAUCAACACUUGGUUAGUGUGUUGACCAUUGACGUUGCCACAAUCCACAAUCCCAUAGCCAUAACAUUUAUAAACAUCUAGCCAAAGCAACAAACCUCCCACCCGGUACAUUGAUAACGGUACUCAGUACAGCAAGCAAUUCUUAUUCCUUCAUUACAUUAACAAGAUAUGUGCAGUGCAAUAUAACGGAUACAAAAAACGGGAUCAAACCAUGUGGCCAUUUAGCCGUACAUGCCAGAGUAAAGUACGUCUCGUUGGUAAAACUGUCGUUAUCACUGGAGCCAAUACCGGAAUUGGCAAAGAGACUGCGCGAGAUCUUUACAGAAGAGGUGCGAGAGUUAUUCUUGCAUGCAGAGAUCUCACCAAGGCCAAUGCAGCUGUUGAAGAAUUAAAAAAUACUCCGCCUUCGAAGCCGGACCGAGAACAGUUUCAGGGAGAACCAGGUGAAUUGGUCGUAUGUAAAUUAAAUCUAUGCAGUUUUUCAAGUGUAAGAGAAUGUGCGAAAACACUGAACGACACCGAGCCAAAUAUUCACAUUCUUAUAAACAAUGCCGGUGUUAUGAUGUGUCCAUUUGGAAAAACAGAGGACGGAUUUGAAACGCAGCUUCAGUCUAAUCAUCUUGGUCACUUUUUGCUUACACUUUUAUUGCUUCCAAAAAUAAAAAAUUCAACUCCUGCGCGAAUUAUAAAUGUUUCCUCUAUGGCGCACUCUGUUCUAGGUGGCGAUAUUCAUUUCGAUGACAUAAAUUUGGAAAAAUCUUACAGUCCAUUAAAAGCUUAUGGGCAGAGUAAAUUGGCCAAUGUUUUGUUUACUACUGAACUUUCCCGUCGAUUGAAAGAAGCUAAAAUAGAAGGAAUUACUGUGUAUUCACUACACCCAGGUGUGAUUUCAACGGAGCUAGGUCGUCAUUUAGACACGGCAUUUGUUCGUGGAGCCCGGGUCUUUUGGAAAUACGUAUCAGCUCCUUUUGUAAAAACUCCGGAACUCGGAGCACAGACUACGCUACAUUGUGCUUUGGAUGAAGCCGCCGGUAAAGAGACUGGAAUGUAUUACAAGGAAUGCGCGGUCACUACUCCAUCGGCACGAGCUAGAGAUGCUGAGCUAGCACAGAAGCUGUGGGAUGAAAGCUGCAGAAUGGUCGGCUUAGAGCCGAAAGAAAAUUUAGCUGAGAUGAUGGCUAUGCUUGGACGUGAUGCUUCUGCUAAAUAAAUUUUGAUAUUUCAGUAUUUACCUGCAUGGACUUUUUAAAAAAAAAUUACAAAAGUAUUUUUGACUAAAAACAUUUUUAUAUUUUAUAAUUCCAUAUUUUAAUAUAAA